AUGGCUGAAGUUCAAAUCCAAAAAAGUGAUGGAUCCAAACAGCGAUUCCAAUUGGAGAAAUUAAUUAACACAUUGAAAAAUUUAUCAAAAGGACUUGAUACAAAUCAUAUAAAUUUUGAAGAAUUAGGAAAUAAAGUGUUUAAUGGAUUACCUGAUGAAGUGACAACUGAUCAACUUAUUGAUUUAGCAUCUGAAACAUUGGCAACUUUGACAACGUUACAUCCUGAUCAUGCUAUAUUAGCUUCAAGAUUGAGUGUUACAAGAUUGAGUAAAAACAUACCUUCAAAAUUCUCAGAAUGUACUGAAAAACUGUGGAAUUUUUAUAAUAAGAAGACUAAGUCUCAUUCCCCAUUAAUUUCUGAAAAAGUGUACAAAAUUGUCCAAGAAAACAAAGACUUGCUUGAUUCCGUUAUUGAUUCUGAAAGAGAUUUAUCAUUUACAUUCUUUGGUUUAGAAACUUUAAAAAAAUCUUAUUUAUUAAAAAUUAAUGGUAUCUGGGCAGAAACUCCACAAUUCAUGUAUUUGAGAGUUUCAUUGGGUAUUCAUGGUGAUGAUUUAGAUUCAGCAAUAGAAACAUAUAAUUUAAUGUCCCAAAAAUAUUUCAUUCAUGCAUCACCAACAUUAUUUAACUCAGGUACACCGAAUGCUUAUUUAUCUUCAUGUUUCCUUUUGGGUAUUGAUGAAGAUUCCAUAGAUGGUAUUUAUGGUACUUUACAUCGUUGUGCAUUAAUUUCUAAAGCUGCAGGUGGGAUUGGAAUUCAUGUAUCAAAUAUUAGAUCUUCAGGUUCAUAUAUUGCGGGGACAAAUGGUACAUCUAAUGGUCUUGUGCCGAUGCUUAGGGUUUAUAAUAAUACUGCAAGAUAUGUUGAUCAAGGUGGUAAUAAAAGACCUGGUGCUUUUGCAGUUUAUGUUGAACCAUGGCAUAGUGAUAUAUUUGAAUUUUUAGAUUUAAGGAAGAAUCAUGGAAAGGAGGAAAUGAGAGCAAGAGAUUUAUUUUAUGCACUUUGGAUACCUGAUUUAUUUAUGAAAGCUGUUAAAGAAGAUGAUGAUUGGCAUUUAUUUUCACCAAAUGAAGCUAAAGGUUUGACUGACGUUUAUGGUGAAGAUUUUGAAAAAUUAUAUGAACAGUAUGUUAAAGAAGGUUUAGCCACGAGGACUGUCAAGGCACAAAAAUUAUGGUACGCUAUCUUGGAAUCUCAAACUGAAACUGGUGGUCCAUUCAUGUUGUAUAAAGAUGCAUGUAAUAUUAAGAGUAAUCAAAAAAACUUGGGAACAAUAAAAUCAUCAAAUUUAUGUUGUGAAGUUGUUGAGUAUUCUUCAAAAGAUGAAGUUGCAGUUUGUAAUUUAGCAUCAGUUGCCUUACCAUCAUAUGUUUCAUAUGAAGAUAAUAUAAUGUGGUUUAAUUUUAAUAAAUUACAUGAUGUUGUUAAAGUUGUCACAAGGAAUUUAAAUAAAGUUAUUGAUGUUGGGAAGUACCCAAUUCCAGAAGCUGAAAAUAGUAAUUUAAAACAUAGACCAAUAGCAGUUGGUGUCCAGGGGUUGGCUGAUUUAUUUAUGGAAUUGAGAUUACCUUUUGAAAGUUCUGAAGCUAAAUUAUUGAAUAUUCAAAUAUUUGAAACUAUUUAUCAUGCUUCCGUUGAGGCAUCAAUUGAAUUAGCACAGAAAGAUGGUGCAUAUAAAUCGUUUAUAGGAUCACCAGCUUCACAAGGUCAAUUACAAUUUGAUUUAUGGAAUCAUAAACCAACAGAUUUAUAUGAUUGGGAUGCAUUGAAAGCAAAGGUGCGUGCACAUGGACUAAGAAAUUCAUUAUUAGUUGCACCAAUGCCUACAGCUUCAACAUCACAAAUCCUUGGUUUCACUGAAUGUUUUGAACCAUUAACUUCAAAUGUCUAUUCCAGAAGAGUCUUAUCUGGAGAAUUUCAAAUUGUUAAUAAAUAUUUAAUUAAAGAUUUGAUUGAUUUAGGUAUAUGGGAUCUAAAUUUAAAAAAUCAAAUUGUUGAUUCAAAUGGAUCAAUCCAAGAUAUCAAAACAAUCCCACAGGAGAUUAAAGAAUUAUACAAGACUGUAUGGGAAAUUUCUCAAAAAAAUAUUAUUAACCUUGCAGCUGAUAGAGCUCCUUUUAUUGAUCAAUCUCAAAGUAUGAAUAUUCAUAUUAAAGAACCAACAAUGAGAAAACUUACAAGUAUGCAUUUUUAUGGUUGGUCAAAAGGAUUGAAAACUGGGAUGUAUUAUUUAAGAACACAGGCUGCAAGUGAAGCUAUCAAGUUUACCAUUGAUAGAUCUUUAGAAGUUAAAGAAGAAAAGCAGGCUAAUAUUGAAGUAUUAUCUAAAAAGAGGAAAUAUGUUCCAAUAACAGAUACAACGAAUAAGAAGAAUAAAAAAGAUGAAGGUAUUGCACCAUUAACACCUGAUAGUCAAGAACGAGAAUAUGAUAUCAAUUCAUCAACACCAUUAUCAUGUGAUAUUAAUGAUCCAGGAAAUUGUGAAAGUUGUUCUGGUUGA